AUGGCGUCCGCAGGAUAUCUAAUCUACUGUGGUGUAAUGCCCUUGCUAAAGACCUUCAUUGCGAUUUUUGUCGGGUACUUCUUGGGAAAAUCUGGCAAAUUUUCCGCGGAGGCGUCCAAGGGAGCUUCCCAGGUCUCUAUGAACGUUGCGCUUCCCGCGCUUAUCUUCUCCAAUGUGGUUCCAGCAUUCACUCCCGCAAACGUCUCCGCUCUGGGCCCGCUUUUCCUGACAGCAUUCUCGUAUCAAGCAAUGGGUUUUACGAUUGGCCUAUUGAUCCGGGAGUUUUUCUACGUGCCGCGGAAUUUCUGGCAGGGAAUCGUUGUCCUCUGUGGGAUGAGCAAUUGGGGAAAUCUGCCGAACGCCAUUGUGUCUUCGGUUAUGGAGCAGGCACCCUUCAACCCGAGUACUGACCCGGAGUUGGGGGUGUCAUAUGUUUCCAUCUUUAUCGUGUCAUAUCAUUUGGUCUUCUGGGUCGCCGGCGCAGCUCGUUCUCUGGCCUGGGACUACCUCCCCGAUGUCCCACAAGGUGCAGAGGCAGAACGUCGUCGCACUUGGAAGGAAAAGCCAAUCGGAGGGUUUAUAGCGUACCGUCUCCUGCGUCUAAAAAUCCCAAGCUCUGAGUCGCCCACGUCCUAUGAUAAGACGGAUGUCGAGUCGACUCUGGAAAAGGAAAAGAUCGAUGGCUUCGAGACGACCACUCCGACCAUCGCAGAGGAGCCAGAUGUGAAUGCUCUCCCUACCGACAAUGAUCCAGACAUCCAGCUCGCACGGCGAACCUCUCGCCUUUCUGUGACCUCGUACCGUUCGCGGCACCCAUCUGCAACGUACGGCGUCUCAACCACCCAGCCUCCGCUCCCGAUUGCAGCUGCCUCGUCUGAAAGCAUGAGUGUGGGCGCGCGUCCAGCUCCCCCGUCGUACCCUCGUCGGUUACUCCGGACGCUCCGCCCGCUAUCCGCUGCAGUCACGCCGAUUACUUGCUCGCUCGCCAUCUCACUUCCCAUUGCACUAAUUACCGAUCUCAAGGCACUCUUCGUAAGCGUUGCUUCCCAAGGUGGUCCUGACUGGGAGGGCCCCGACGGCAGGCCUCCACUAGCGUUCAUUAUAGACACUACCGAAUUCAUUGGGGACUUGGCGGUCCCUCUCUCGCUCAUCAUCCUCGGGGCGUCGUUUGCGCGACUCAAGAUCCCUCGCCCUCUCUCGCGCUUGCCCAUCAUGGCAAUGCUCGCCGCGGCGUGCGCGAAGAUGGUGCUGCUCCCUGUGAUCGGCGUGUUCAUGAUCCAGGCCAUGGUACAUGGCGGCUUGAUCGAACGGUCGGCGAUCGCGGAGCGGUUCGUGGCCAUGUUUCUGAGCGGGACUCCUGCUGCUGUCAACCAGCUCAUUGUUUCCUCCUUAUAUUCCCCGGAUGGAGAUGUCGAUACCCUCUCAGCGUUUCUUCUUGUGCAAUAUGUGGGCAUGUUCUUUUCCUCAGCGGCUUUGACCGCUGUGGCGCUUUUGCUGUUAUAG